AUGCUCAACUAUAAUACCUCGAACGGUGUCAGAAAUGCAUUUCACUGUUUCAGAAAUCUAAGGUUUCAUAAGGGACCUCGAGCUCUAAAGUAUACCACCAAUACCAACAGCUCAAACAAGGCCGGCGAGCUGGAGUCUCCGGAAGAGUUGACUUUGAAAUCCCAUUUGAAGUCCAAGCCAAUCGAUUACACGAAUAACGCGCCAGUAAAUCCCAAAAAACAGCGUCCUUUAUUAUCGGACUCCAAAUACGAAUCGAAGCUAUACCAAUUACCAAAAUGGAAAGAAGCCUUGGGUGAAAUUGUGAUUAAAGGCUUCAAUCUCGAUAUGGACAAAGUCAGAGCUGGGCCUGUGGCUGGAUCUUACUAUUAUGCCAUGUGUAAAGAGCAAGGGCUGCAGUUUGAAAAUGAGCCACUGUCCGCUACGGCUAAGUUUUUUUACGAAGACCUAAAGCUGCCCCGUACCUUUUCCCAGUGGUUCCAGGUUACGAUAUUGCACGAGUGGAUUUUGUUUGUCAGAAUGCGUGCUAUGCCGUUCAAGUAUGGUAAAAAUUACCAGCAGAAACUAGUGGACAGAACUUUCUCAGACAUCGAGCUAAGACUGUUUGAUGAAAUGAACGUUAAUUCGGGUCGGAUCGCAGACCAGUAUCUUAAGGACUUCAAUUCGCAGCUUCGUGGUGCUGUGUUUGCAUACGACGAGGGGUUUUUCACUGACGACUCGACUCUGGCAGCUGCGAUUUGGAGAAACUUAUUUGGAGGCAGAAAGAACGUUGAUAUGGUUCAUCUCGAGGCUAUGGUGAGAUAUGUUCGCGCACAACUGUACGUGCUAAGUAAGAUGUCGGAUAGAGAAUUUGCCAUGGGCGGGUUCAAAUUCGUGCCACCAGACGAGACUGUGUACCAACUGUCACCUCAACAAGAAGCAGACAUGAAAAAAGCAGUUGUGGAGAAAUACGAGGCUAUGGAUAAAAAAACUGACUUGCUGCCAAGCGAACGUAGUAGAUUAUCCUACGAAAACUAG